GUAGUCGUGUCAUGAACGAACCGGGACGCAACAGUCGCUCACCAGACUUCGUGCUGGAACAAUCAUUGAAGCUAUGAUUUGGUGCUUUCGUGAUAUUUCGUGAUUCGAAACCAAAAAAACUUAUUAGAAACAUCAUUUCGAAGAAAAAUAUUGUGGAAUUAGUUAUUAAAACAAAAAAUGAAUUCAAAAAAAUGGAAAUUAAAGGAGGAUCAUUAGCUUAAUAGACGAUCAAUGGUCGUCAGUAUCUUUGAAAUUAUUUGUACCUGUUUUUAAAAGAAACGUUAUAAUUAUACUCAAGAUGUCAAUCACGGCUUCUAUGGAAAGAAUGGAAACAACUAAGGAUUUACCGAAAAAGAAAUUUAUUAACAUUAAUCUUCUUUCAUUAAAACUUCUAUUAUUCCUCUUUUUUGGAGGAAUGGGAUGUCUCUUCCCCUUUCUUCCCUUACAUAUGACGGAAAUGGGAUUGAGUAUCGACCAAAUUCGUAUGAUCUCAAUAAUUUCGCCAGCAAUCGCAAUUCUGGGACCUCUGAUUGCCGCUCCUAUUGCAGAUAAAUUAGCAGAUCAUCAGGGAAGAAAUGAUAAAUCGACAGGUCGUUAUCUAAGAUUGAUGAUUGCUAUAGCCUGCAUUUUAUCUGCCAUUUUUUAUGCUUUUCUCUUAUUGAUUCCAACGGUUAACCGUAUUGAACUACCAAGAGAAAGAAGACCAGGCCUGAAGUUUAAUUGUGAUCAAACAGGGGCAGUGGUAUUGCAAGAAAAAUGUAAAAAUCAUAUUUCUUGCCAUAGAUGGUCUGACGAAAGCAGAAUUGGUUCAUUGCUUUUAGAAGGUUGCGAUUAUGCUUGUUACCCUACAGGAUUAAAACGAUGGCAUUCUGACAAUAAUGAUGGAUCCACUACUUUUGCAACAACCGAUUCUGAUAUAAUUGUUCUAGAUGGCAGUGGCGAAACGACAGUGAUUCCUCUUGAAAGUGAAAUAUAUUCUCAGGAACAAGAGGAAAUCAAAAAAAUGCGAAGAUUUGCCAUGCCUCAUAACGAACCACCUCAUUUAUGUUUUAAAGAGGGUGACAAUAUUAUUUGUCACGUUUAUACUAAGUAUUCAGGCAAUUUGGCCAUAAAUGCCACUUUAAGACAAGCCUUAAACAAUAAAAGUGAUCAAGAUUGGUGUGUAUAUCCCUUGGCUGAAUAUUUUACUUGUCGCAUACCUUUAGAAUUGGAAACCAGAAUGGCAGAAAUUUUUCAGAGUUGUACUAUUGAAUGUGAUUUAGUUGAUCCAUAUACUCUUCCAGAUAGCAUCCUCAUAGAAAGCCAAUGUCAACAGACAGAAGAUUGGUCUUAUUUAGUUUUCUGGACAUACUUAACUAUUCGAUCAGUCGCUGAUAUUUUCCCAACGACAGCUGUAGCUUUAAUUGAUGCAGCAGUUGUUAUAGUUACUAGAGAAACAUCCUGUGGACGUGGAGAUGUGGGGCGUCAAUUAGCUUUCGGUUCUCUUGGAUUUGCUAUCUUUGGUCCCUUAACUGGUUAUUUAUGCACACUUAUGGAAAACUUGAAUUCUUUCUACUAUCUGCCAAUUGGUAUACAUGCUGUAAUGAUGCUUUUGGCAGCUCUUGUAGCUUUUUGUGCUAACGGCAUGCCACUUAGUCCACCGGAAUGGUGGUGGCAUACCAGAAGCGGCAUGCUGGCACUUCCCAUGAGCGCUAUCAAAAGAUAUGGCAGUGAAACUGCCGCUCUUGUAAUUGUACUCAUCGUUAUGGGAACUUUCUGGAGCGCCAUGGAUAGUUAUUUGCCUUUACAUUUACAAAAGUUGGGAGGUGAUGAACUUCCCAUUGGUGUAGCUAUGACAAUUGGAGCAAUUCCAGCAUUUUUAUUCCUUUGGAAGUCUGAACAUUUAGUUGAUUACUGUGGUCACAGUAAUCUUCUUAUCACUGCCUUUACUGUGUAUAUUAUUAGGUUUACUGGUUUAAGCCUCAUAGCAGAACCUUGGUGGUCUUUAAUUUCGGAAGGCCUCGAAGUCUUUACAUUAGGAAUUAUGUGGAUUACUGCCAUUCUUUAUCUGAGACAUCUCGUACCACGUCAUUUAACAGUAACUGCUCAAGCACUGCCUGUGAUUGCACAUUUCUGUAUCGGUCGAUGCAUCGGAGCCGUAAUUGGUGCUUACAUCAAUGUCAAUAGCUCUGAUAUCAUCGAUUCAUUGAGAUUUGUUUAUCGUUGCAUGGCCGUUGCUGCCGCAGCUGUUGCUGGUUUAUAUUUUAUUUUGUACCAUGGUAUAUUGAAGCCACGAUGUCAUGCACAUAUCAUACAAGGACCACGACAACCUCCUACUGUUGUACAAGCUGCUAUUAAGGAAUAUGAAUUAACGAUGAACGGAAAUGGAAAUUAUACACCGCUCAGAGUUUACCACAACGGUAUGGGCAGAAAAGGUCAAUUUCGCUAUUGAAAAAUUAAGGAAAGAAAAAAAAGAAGAACACUUAAUGACAUUUUAAAUAUUACGGUGCUAGUAAUUAGAUUGUUGCAAUUAAAACAAAAAAAUGUCAUUGUUAUAUAAUAUGCGUAUAAAAAAUGCGCUUUUCACCGCGCAGCCUUUAAAAUUUCUUCAUAUUUAAAUUCUUGAGACAAAAUUAUAACUUUUGAGACAAAAUUUUUGAUUUUUUUUUAUAUAAGCAAUUUCUAAGAAUUGAUUUGCUCAAGUGUAUUUCAAAUUGAAAUAUUGAAGCGAGGUUUUACUAUCUUUAUUAUCGAAAUGAGAUUAUAAAAGAAAAUAGAAGUAUUCAAAUUCUAAAAGCAUUUUUUUAUUAUUUCUUUCUUUAGUUAGUUUCAUUUAUAUAUAUAUAUAUAUAUAUAUAUAUAUAUAAACGAAAGUAACUUUAUAUGUAUAUAUAAACAUAAAUUUGAUUUUUCUUAACAAGAAAAAAUAAAAUUGUUUUCUAUUUAAAAAUCAUUUUAAUUUUAUUUUCAUUUAAAAAAAUGUAAUUAAAAAAAUUAUUUAUUUAAUAAUUUUAAUUUAAAGUAUCAAUGAAUAAUUACCAAAAUUAUUAUUUUAAAUAUAACAUUUAAAAUACUUUCAUCUUUUUAAUUUUAAAUAUUCUUUAUAAAUAUACAGACGACAUUUUAAUAUUGCGAAACGCUACAAAUUUCAUAACUUUGUUGCGUUUCCUUUAUAUAUUUGACUGCAUAUAUAGAUAUUCAUAAAAUGUUUGCAAAAAAAAAUUUUUACAGACUUGUUGUAUGUAUCUAGAGAUAAAUAUUUACCUGUAUACAUAGGAUAUAAUACAUAGGAUAGUUAAUUUAAAGUUAAAAAAUAAUAUAUUGAUUUUUGGAAUCAAUAUAUGUAUAUAUGAAAAAAAUAAAUAAAAUUAAACAAAACUUGAACUUUGAAAUUCAAAAUAUGAUUAAAACUAAUUAAAGAAAA